ACCGGCUGUGCUGCUGAUCUCGACACUCGGACAAGCACACUCUCAGCCAUGGCCCCCACCGCCCAGUUCAUCCCGGCCCCUGCGCUCGGUGGAGCAGCGCCCGCUCACCACCACGACCACGACCACGGCCACGACCACUCGCACGGCGCGCAAGAGCACGGCCACACGCACGACAUCAUGGAGCACCCUGGCAAGUUCACCGAGCGCGACAUGCCCGACUUUAGCGGCCGUGACUGGAACCAGCGCGCCUUCACCAUCGGCAUCGGCGGGCCUGUUGGCUCCGGCAAGACGGCCCUCACUCUCGCCCUGUGCCGCUACUUCCGCGACACGCACAACAUCGCCGUCGUCACGAACGACAUCUUCACGCGCGAGGACCAGGAGUUCCUCAUCCGCAACGAGGCGCUGUCCGACCCGGGCCGGAUCCGCGCCAUCGAGACGGGUGGAUGCCCUCAUGCCGCCAUCCGAGAGGACAUCUCGGCCAACCUCGGCGCGUUGGAGGACUUGCAGGCAACCUACCAGUGCGAGCUUCUCCUCGUCGAGAGUGGAGGCGACAACCUUGCAGCAAACUACUCGCGCGAGCUUGCCGACUACAUCAUCUACGUUAUCGACGUGUCUGGCGGCGACAAGAUUCCUCGCAAGGGCGGACCCGGUAUCUCGCAGUCGGACCUGCUCGUCGUCAACAAGAUCGACAUCGCCCAGUACGUCGGCGCGUCGCUCGACGUCAUGAAGCGCGACGCCGACAAGAUGCGCGACCACGGGCCGACGCUGUUCACGUCGGUCAAGAACAACGACGGCGUCGAGGGCGUCGCCGAGCUGAUCAAGGCGGCGUGGACGGCGGCGACGGGCAUGAGCAAGUGAGCGGGGGUACUCGUCUUGUAGAACAGAGCAUGGCAAUGCACGCUGUAGAGCACCUC